AAUCUCGUUGACUACACGUCUUCUAAUUACAACUUAUAUUUUAUUAUAAACGCAACAUGUCGGAUACCGAUACCGUUCCCGAGCUUCCCUCCAUCAAGAAAUAUACUGUCCCCCGAACAAUUUUUAUGUACAGAAAGACGAUCGAGUCACAGGGCAAAAGUAUUCAGCAACUGGAAGCUGUAGUCUUCGCGCAGCAGGACCACGCUUAUCGGCAAUAUCAAACAAUCCUGAAACUACAAGAAAAAAUACUGUAUCUGCGGGAGCUCCGUGUUCUCCAGCAGAACCAUAUCGAGAAGCAAGCCAAUUCGUUAGUACGAAGACGUUUUUGUCUCAGCCAGCACUUGACGAAGAUCGUGUCAAUCAAAAGCGAUCUGCAGGACAUUGCGGAUAAUUUGAUGGAGACUCAGAAUUUUGCGCAACAAACGUCGUCAGAGCUGCCUGAUUCUACGCCUUCAGAGAGGCUAGAGAAAUGCGUUGCGAAAUUGGAGCGGUUUGUUGAGGAGACCCUCGCUUGUUCUAUGGUAGGUUGGGACAUGAGAGACGCGAUUGAGCAGAGAGUCGAGUUCUGUUCUUUGAGACAGGGAGGAUUUGGGGAAACAGACGCAAGGAGCUGGUUCUUCUACUCGUGAGGCAGAUACUGUCACACACGGAGUCACAUAAGCCAGAAAGGCAUGCAUACGGGGAAGAGUAUUUUGUGAUGAGAUAGAGGAGCAAUAAGAUAUAUGAAUUUGAGG